GUGAUUGUCGACGCCAUUUUACCGGUCUGCCCACACACUGUCCGUCAAAGCUCUACACUACUCGUGACUAUCACGAGGGGGGAAGAAAUGUGGCUUAGUGCAGGGUUGGUGUUGCUGCUGCUUUUGUAUUUUAUGUUCAGAAGAUUCCGCCGGGCGCCCGUGAGUCCCAAUCCUUUCGCUACCGACACCAGCAGAGCCCCAGCGCCUCUGGUGCGCGACCAAGAAGCGAGGAAGCAGGUUCUCCACAAAGGUUUUUCUGCAAAUAAGGUUCCGGGGCAUUUGGACGCUAUUGUGAUCGGCAGUGGAAUUGGAGGCCUAACAGCGGCAGCAAUAUUGGCAAAGUCUGGCAAGCGUGUUCUAGUGCUGGAGCAACAUGACCAAGCUGGAGGCUGCUGUCACACCUUCAUUGAAAAAGGCUUUGAAUUUGAUAUCGGAAUUCAUUAUGUAGGACAACUCCAUGAGCGGUCCUUACUGCGGACUCUAAUAGACCAGAUCACAGAUGGACAACUGGAAUGGGUGAAAAUGGAUGACGUGUUUGACCAUGUAGUCCUGGGGGAACGUCAGACUCUACGCACGUAUCAGUUGUGCAGUGGAGAGAAAAAUUAUCAACAUUGCUUGCAUACGCAAUUUCCUCAGGAAAAAGAAGCUAUUGAUAAAUACCUGAAACUUAUAACGAUGGUCGCAAAAAGAUUACCGCAGUUAAUUAUAAUAAAAAUGAUCCCUCUUCAUCUGGCCAGGUUCCUCAUCAGGACUGGCAUCAUCCACUGGUUCACAUCAGUUUUCAAGCUGGCUUCUACCUCGCUUUCAGAUUUGGUGAAUAGCCUGACAAAAAAUAAAGACCUUCGAACCGUCAUGUGUUACAUCUGUGGGGAUUAUGGAGUCAUGCCGAGAGAUGCCAGUUUUCUCAUGCACGCCAUUGUUGUGCAGCACUACCUGAAAGGUGCGUGGUACCCAAAAGGAGGGUCCAGCGAGAUUGCCUUUCACAUAAUCCCGGUUAUUAGGAAAAGUGGAGGAGAUGUCCUCAUGCGGGCUCCUGUUCAACGUAUACUAGUCAACGAAGAUGGUGAAGCAUAUGGUGUGACGGUGAUGAAAGGUGAAGAUGAAAUCAACCUGUUUGCUCCCAUUGUGAUUUCUGAUGCAGGAAUAUUUAAUACUUAUGAGAAACUGCUACCUUGUGAAGUGCAAAGUAAACCAGCAAUCCAGGCCCAGCUGAGCUCGGUACAACAUGGAGUGGGAGGGUUCAGCGUGUUUGUCGGUCUCGAUGGCUCGAAGGAAGAGUUGGGGUUGAAAGCAGCAAAUUACUGGUUCUUUAAGGAAAACAAUAUUGAUGAUUUAUUCAUUAAAUACUUUUCACUCAAGGAUGAAGAUCUAAUCCAAAGACAUCCAAUGAUGUUUGUCUCCUUUCCGUCAGCUAAAGAUCCAUCCUGGGAUGACAGAUUUGCAGGCAAGUCCAGUAUGAUUAUAAUUACACUUGUACGCUAUGAGUGGUUUGAAAAAUGGAAAGAUGAACGUGUGAAGAAACGAGGAGAAGACUAUGAGAGUUUAAAGAUGGGCAUUGCCAGAGGGUUGAUAGAGCAAACCACUGAGUACUUUCCACAACUCAAAGACAGGAUUGAGUACAUCGAAGUCGGCUCUCCACUGAGCAAUCAGUUCUACAUUGCCGCUUCAUGUGGAGAAAUAUAUGGUGCUAAUCAUGAUGUGUCCCGUUUUGCUGCAGAGACUAUUGCCACCUCUAGAGCAAAAACACCAAUCAAGAACCUUUAUUUAACAGGUCAGGACAUAUUUUCGUGCGGUUUCAUGGGAGCCAGCCAAGGAGCCCUUAUCUGUGCAUCUGGCGUUCUUCAUCGCAAUCUUUACCGGGAUAUCGGGAACCUAAAGAAGAAGAUCAAAAAAGAUGAAAGCAAGAAGAAAGUUUAACAGUGCAAAGAUAGCUCAACAGUGCAUUGUUAAGGUUUUUAAUCCUGCUUUAUUGAUAACCUGCACUGACGUCCAAUUCCUAAGGGAUGUCAAAGACUUUGGACAUGUUUCUUUACAGAGCCACAGUUUUGGCACUGGGACAAGCAUCAUUGUAGAAGCAACUUUCUGAACCAACAUACAGAAGAUAACUGGACGAGUAACAUUUUGCUUAACAAAUCUAGAUCUAAUUGCAAUUUGCACGCAACUGAUUUUUAAUCCAUAUUAUCCAUUAACACGAGCAAACUCAUUUAUUUUGCUUUCCGUUUUCGGAAUUCACAUUUCAGAUUAUUAAUCAUGUAAACAUUAAAGAGCAAUGAUUUGCAAGUAAAUGGGUAGUUUGGAAUUUAGACUUGAAGAAUUAACUCCUGUGUUAAGUAAACUUGAAGAGCUCGCACAUAAAGAAAGCAAUUACAGAC